AUGCCAGAGAACAAAGCUGCAUACCUCGUUGCUGUCAAGACCCCCCUCGAGCUCAGACCAGCUCCAUAUCCUGAGCCUCAAGACGAUCAGGUCAUAGUAAAGAACUAUGCAAUCUCCCUUAACCCAGUCGACUGUGCCCAGCAGAAACUAGGCACUCUCUUUCCAUGGCUCAAGUUCCCAGCUAUACUAGGCUGCGAUGUCGCUGGACAAGUCGUAGCUCUUGGCUCGGGCAUCACCAAGUUCAAAGUCGGUGAUCGUGUGGCCGGUUACAACAUGGGUACUUUCCAAGAGUACGUUCUGGUGAGAGAAUACUCUUGCGCCAAGAUACCGGACAAUGUCAGCUAUGAACAAGCAGCUGUAAUUCCUCUGUGUUUGAGUGUUGCUGUUAAAGCUUUGUUCCAUCCGGAAUACUUGGCUCUCGAUCUUCCUGCCCCUGAUACCAAGGUCAGCGGGAAGACCAUUCUUGUCUGGGGCGGAUCGACCAGCGUUGGUUGCAACGUCAUUCAGCUUGCCAAAGCAGCUGGGUUCGACGUUAUUACCACCGCAUCACCCAGAAACUUUGACUACCUCAAAAAACUGGGUGCCAGCCAAGUCUUUGACUACAACUCGUCCUCCAUUAAGCAAGAUCUUCUGUCUGCAGUUCAGGGAAAGACAGUCGCCGGUUGUAUCGCAAAUGGAGGGUUGGAUGUUUCACAAUAUGCUACAAUCGUUGAAACUUGUGCGGCUGUCGCUCUGAGCUCGCCGGAUAACUGCAAACUGGUUCCUCUGACGAUGGUACCUCGCUUCCCUUUACCAGAAGGUGUCGAGACGAAGUUCGUUGUACCACUAUCUACUGAUAAGGAGCUCUCCUCGUGGAUCUACAACGAUUACAUCUCGAACGAAUUGGCCAAUGGUAACUUUGUGCCAGCGCCGGAGGCUGAAGUUGUUGGUCAUGGACUUGACUCUCUUCAGGCUGCUAUGAACAUUCUUGAUGCCGGGGUGUCGGCGAAGAAGAUUGUGGUCACGAUGUAG